AUGGCAUCUCACCUGCGUCGACACAGCAGGGGUGCGUUCAAGAACAAAGAAGACAGUGGGAACCCCCGGCGAGAGCAGCCGGGGGGCAUUCAGGGGCUACAGCGGUGUGUGUCGGGAUGUGUCUGCUCACUCAGAGUGAAGCUCAGAGUGAAGCUCAGAGUGAAGCUCAGAGUGAAGCUCAGAGUGAAGCUCAGAGUGAAGCUCAGAGUGAAGCUCAGAGUGAAGCUCAGAGUGAAGCUCAGAGUGAAGCUCAGAGUGAAGCUCAGAGUGAAGCUCAGAGUGAAGCUCAGAGUGAAGCUCAGAGUGAAGCUCAUAGCCGUUGGGUUAGAGGAAGUUCCCAUGGAAGUACGGUCACAGUAA